AUGUUCCAGCCGCAACCCACACCGUUCGCUUACUUCCAGACGACGUAUGGGGUAGGCAACGCGAAUAUCCCAGAAUACACUUUCGCACCCACCCCGCUGGGUCAGGGCGGCGGUAGCGGCGGGAGAGCUACCAGCUCUGACGGGCUGCCACCACUGGGACCAAAUGUCAACAAUGUCUUUACCUCGCCGGCCUUUGACAAUUCUUUGCUGGCCAACAACCACCCACAUCAGCUUCCUUACAACUCAAUACCGCAUCACCAGCACGGCAUUCGCCCACGCGAUCACCACCACUCUGGCCACGGCCGACGCAUCAAGAUGGAGCAGCAGAGCGAUCUCGCACAGCAGGAGGCAGCUGCCCGCGAAUUCAAGCCUCAGCUCAGCGGCCCAAUGGUCGGCGUCAAAAUCACCAGCCAUGCGAUAACGGAGGAGUACGCAAAGGCAGAUCCGGUAUAUGUCGCCAAAACUUUGGCAUUACCCCGGACUUAUUCCCACUACCGUCCGAUCCAAGGUGACGGAAAUUGUGGCUGGCGAGCAAUCUUUUUUGGCUAUUUCGAAUGUCUCAUACGAUGUGCCGAUAUCUCUCGGAUUCAAACCGAGCUGGCGCGGUUGAACAGCCUCAACGACUAUAUCGCCAAUGUCGGAGGGUAUGAACUCGACAUGUUUGACUACAUGAUUGAGGAAACCUUCGAGACGAUGAAUGGGAUCAUCCAAGCCAUGAAUAGCGGUCAAGAUCCCAUGGAGAUCCUGACUCAGAAGUUUAAUGACGAGACAUCGGCGUCGCCUAUGAUCUAUCAUCUGCGUUUACUUGCGGCGUCGUGUUUGAAAGAACACUACGACGACGAAUACGCCCCAUUCUGCGACGUAUCCCCAAACGCCAGCAGCUACUGUGAUUCGUGGAUAUUGCCCGUGGACAGAGAGAUCGAUCACCUCGGUCUUAUUUUGCUUUUCCGCGUCUUACUCGAGCCUGCCAACAUUGUCUUGGAAAUUGCAUACCUCGACCGAAGUGAAGGAGAUCAGGUCAACGUGCACCGCAUGCCUGAAGAGGCUAAUAGGAAAGAUCCCGCUGCUCUCGGAUCCAUGAUUCACUUGCUAUAUCGGCCAGGUCACUAUGACAUUCUCUAUCGCGACACUGUCGUUCCGCCACCACCCAAAUCAUUGCAAGUCAACCGCGUAACAUCUCUGUCACAUCAACAUGAGAUCCAAAAUACCAUUCCCUCCUUGCAGACAUUUUCCACUCUUGACUUGAGCACGCUGGCCAUGAUACCUGGCUUUGAUGCACCGAUCAUGUCGCCACUCGCUUCUCCUCCGGCAACAUCUCCCAUGACAGAGGGCUAUUCGCAAUCUCCCCAGUCGCCUUGGAUCUCAAACUUCUCCGAUGGGUUGCCCGCCUCUACCGCAACCGCAGUACCGCCUCCUCCUGCCCCUCCGCAACAGCAGCCCUCCCCGCCACAACAGCCCUUAACGCAACAGCCCCUUGUACCUCCAACACAACACCGCCUGCGUUUCAGCAAAUACAACUUUCCCGACCUCCCGGAAAUGGUGGGCGCGAACACAUAUGCCACGGAACCCACCUUCACGACCAACACGUUCAAAAACAGCCACUUUAAUGUCGCCCACUACAACAACCCUCACUUUCAACCGGAAGAAUACAAGCCAGACCACGAUGACGAGUUUCCGACGGCGAGCAGGAUUGGGGCUCGUAAACGGAGUCAUGAGAAUUGCGGAGGCGGCAUAAAAAAGGAGUGUAAAGGAUAG